AUGACUUCGAGGAUUAUAUCGCAUAUACUAUUAUCUCUCCCAUAUUUCAUAUCUCAAGCCUCUGCUUCCUCUAAAGAUAAUACAUCACCACCAAAAUAUCUAGCAUUAAAUUUCGAAAAAAGAUAUGGUGAUUCAUUCCUAAACUCAUCCAGCUCAAAUGGACCUUCAGCCCAACUAAUUAAACGUGAUGACGGUUAUGAACAGGUCACACUGACAAACCAACAAAGUUUCUACUCAGUCGAAGUAGAAAUGGGUACUCCCUCACAAAAACUGACCGUCCUAUUAGAUACAGGAUCUUCAGAUUUUUGGGUAACAAGCUCAGAUAAUCCAUACUGUGGUACCACUUCUACUGAAGGAUCAUUAUACGGUGGUGAAACUCAAGAUACGAUAGAUUGUUCCACAUACGGUACAUUUGAUUCAUCUAAAUCUUCCACUUUCCAGUCUAAUGAUACUGAUUUCUUAAUAAGUUACGGUGAUGGAUCAUUCGCGGAAGGAACAUGGGGUACAGACGUCAUCAAGUUAGACGAUUCAUUAUCAUUGAAUGACGUGUCAGUGGCAGUGGCGUCAUCGACUAAUUCAUCAAUGGGUGUCCUGGGGAUUGGGUUACGUCCUUUAGAAACUACGUAUUCUAGUACUAAGUCUGUGAAUGAGAAGACAAGCUAUAUGUAUGAUAAUUUCCCUAUAAGUUUAAAGAAGUCUGGAUUGAUUGAAUCAACCGCUUAUUCUUUAUAUUUGAAUGAUCCCUCGAGUAAAAGUGGGAAUAUUUUGUUUGGUGGUGUGGAUCAUAGUAAAUAUACGGGACAAUUGUAUACGGUUCCUAUGCUUUCUUCUACGACAAGCUAUAAAACACCCGUUGAAUUCGAUGUUACUUUGAAUGGGAUUGGUAUUAUUGAUAGCUCUGGGAAUAAGAAAACUUUGACCGCUACACAAUUUUAUGGGUUGUUAGAUUCAGGUACUACUUUCAGUUAUUUACCUAGCGCGUUAGUUGCUAUGAUUGGUGAAGAACUAGGUGCAAGUUAUGACAGUAAUAUUGGGUAUUAUACUAUUGAUUGUUCUGCAGAAGAUUCCGAUGAUACUAAGAUUGUUUUCGAUAUGGGUGGAUUCCAUAUUAAUACUACUUUAUCUGAUUUUGUCAUUCAAAUAAGUACGUCCACUUGUAUCUUAAGUAUCGUUCCACAAGAUGGUAAAGUGGUACUUGGUGAUUCAUUUUUAAAUAAUGCUUAUAUCGUCUACGAUCUAGAUAAUUACGAAAUUGCCAUGGCACAAGCAGCAUGGGAUUCUACAAGAGAGGCUAAUAUUGAUGUCAUUUCAACAACUAUUCCAAGUGCCAUUCGUGCGCCAGGUUAUUCAUCGACUUGGUCAACGUCAAGAUCCAUCUCAAGUGGUGGCGAUAUUUUUACAACUACUGAAGUUACACUUUCGACAUCUGCAACUUCUUCACCAGAAUCUUCUGCUUCUUCAGUUACUUCAGCAUCAACAUUAUCUUCAGACUCUUCAGCUGCUUCAUCAUAUUCUCGUUCCACUUCUACUUUGAGAAGUUCUUCAAGAUCGUCCUCGUUUGUUUCCUCUAACAAUAGAGCUACUGCAUCAACUAGUUCCUCCAUCAGAUCUUCUUCCUCUUCCUCUUCAUCUUCAUCUUCAUCUUCAUCUUCAUCUUCUAGUUCAACAGGAAUUACAUCUUCCACAAAUAGAACAAAUUCAGGUAUACAGUUAGCCAUUUCUCCAUUGCUAUUGGCAGCAGUUUCUAUGUUAUCAAUUUUCCUCUUUGUCUGA